ACUCUCUCUUCCUCUCUCUUGCUUUCUCUCUCUACAAACGAAAACGAGAAAGGGACCGAAAACUCUCUCUGCUUUUCGGAGAAAAAAAAAAAAAAGAGAAAUUAAUCACUCUAAUGUCUCUGCGGAAAUCGAUUCUCUCUCGAAGGAUCUCCAGGUCGUUCAGGUCUGUAAAUAAUCAUAAACACGACGACGGAGUGGCGGAAGUUUCCGGCCGUCUCGGAGGCGAUGUUUCCGGGGAGUGGUGGGCGGAGUCGGACCCUGUCAAUGGUUGGGCGAGCUUGUUGCCUGAAUUGCUUGGAGAGAUAAUAAAACGAGUUGAAGAGAGCGAGGAUCGGUGGCCUCAGCGACAAAACGUUGUAGUUUGUGCUUGUGUUUGUAAGAAAUGGAGAGAAGUUACUAAGGAGAUAGUCAGGUCUACCCGCAAUAUCGGAAAAAUCACUUUCCCUUCUUGCCUUAAACAGCCGGGUCCACAUGACUUUCCUCAUCAAUGUCUUAUAAAACGGAAUAAGAAGACUUCAACAUUUUACCUCUCUCUUGCUCUUACUCCAUCGUUACUGGACAAGGGAAAGUUUCUUCUAGCGGCACGGAGGAUUAGACAUGGUGCUCACAUGGAGUACAUCAUCUCACUUGAUGCAGAUGAUCUAUCCCAACGGAGUAAUGCUUAUGUUGGAAAGUUAAGUUCGGACUUUCUUGGCACCAACUUUACAAUCUAUGACAGCCAGCCACCGGAUAGCAGUGCAAAGCCGGCAAGUAGCAGAGCUAGCCGCCGAUUUGCUAGCAAGAAAAUAAGCCCACAAGUUCUGGUGGCCAAUUAUGAGGUUGGACAAGUCUCAUAUAAGUUUAACCUCUUAAAGUCAAGAGGUCCGAGAAGGAUGGUGUGCUCGCUGAAGUGUCCACUAUCACAGGAAACUGUUAACGAAAAACAUCUAGAAGGCUCCAUGACGAAAGGAUCAGAGACUUCUGUUUCUGGCUGUACAGUUUUGCGCAACAAGGCGCCAAGGUGGCAUGAACAUCUACAAUGCUGGUGCUUGAAUUUCCAUGGUCGGGUAACUGUAGCAUCAGUGAAAAACUUCCAAUUGGUUGCAACUGUGGACCAAAGUCAACCAGGAGGAAAAGGAGAUGAAGAUACCGUCCUCCUACAGUUUGGGAAGGUAGGAGAUGAUACUUUCACCAUGGAUUAUAGGCAGCCAUUAUCAGCUUUGCAGGCAUUUGCAAUAUGCCUUACGAGCUUUGGCACAAAACUGGCAUAGCUUACAAUAUAGAGAGAGGUUGCUGUGGCUCGUGGAGCACGAACUCUGAAGAUGGGUGAAGUUGUCGAAGAGUACACCUUUCUUUACACCUUUCUUCCUUAGUAUCAUCUCUGGACCAGAAAGCUUUCUUAAAUCCGGACGAGAUUAUUAUGCAGUGAUUAAAAUGAGAUUAUUUCUACAACCUUUUUUCUUUGCGUUGGCUCUUGAUUUGGUAGUGUAUGCGGAUUUUCUGCCUCAAACUAUCCAUCCUCAUCUCCAUAUCUUUAGUGCUUAGUUUUGCCUCUUCCUCUCCUUGGUGCUUAAAGUGAUUGCUGCUAAGAUUGUCUCAGCCAUUUAUCAAAGGAGUAACAUUGUCCAUGGUUGCUUAGCCUUCUGAAAGCAAGGAGCAGCGAUGAUUUGGAGCUGCGAGCCUUCUGAAAGCAAGGAGCAGUGGUGAUUUGGAGCUUUGUGGGGUUCGAGGUUCAUUCAAGUCUUUGGAAAUGGGUCUUUAGGGCUCUAGUGCAUUUCUGCAUUUGCUUUGGGUUGGAGCCUUUUCUUACUUGGGCUUUCUCUUGGCCCGUAGGCUUUUGAAUUGUAAUCAGGCCUUCAGCCUUUUAUCUUGG